AUGAUGCAGGCGGUCCUUGAAGGCGCGGAGGGUACGGAGGAGCAUGUUCUCAAUUUCAAGGGCUCGAUCAAGGGUCAUCGAGUGCUCAACCGCAAUAGGGCACGCGGGCAUUUGACACUGAUGGCCGACUACUUUGCCGCGGAUGCACUAUUUGCUGACCAUUUUCGCCGACGUUUCCGGACGCGCAAGACUGUCUUUGAUCGUUUGUACCAUGGCGUCCGGUCCUACGAUGGUUACUUCGUCCCGAAGAAGGACGCCGUUGGAACGAUUGGCUUCUCUGGUUACCAGAAGUGCACGGCCGCACUCCGGAUGCUUGUAUAUGGCACGGCCGCUGAUUCGUGGGACGAGUACCUACGGAUGUCUGAAAGCAUAUGCGGAGAUGUCAUGAUUAGGUUUGUAAUUGCCGUGGUCGAGGUGUUCGGACCUCAGUACCUGAGAGAACCAACUGUGGCGGACAGGGAGAGGGUCCGGGCAAUCUCAGAAGCAAGAGGGUGGCUAGGUUUGCUUGGAUCUCUUGACUGCAUGCAUUGGAAAUGGAAGAACCGCCCGAAGGCUUUACAAGGGCAAUAUUAG